GAAGGCAUCCCUCCGCAUCAAAUCGACACCGAGAACACUGACUAGCUGACAGCGCUCAGCCAAUAACGAGCCACGUUGUUUGGGCGUUUGCUAUCCUUAUCCCUUGGUGAUUGCCAUAACCCAAGAUGGCGGGCACAAACUGUCAUGAAAUGGAUUAAGAGGAAUGUGCAUGAACCAUUAAAACUUUAAAUGUCAAAGGGACGGCAGUAGCGUUUUUUGUUUUUCUUUUCAUUCCAGACAGAUGUGUAACCACUCCAGGGGUCUGAGAACAAUAUUAUCUGUGCACUGUAACAGGUAAACGGCACUAUAAAUAUUCCCACGACUUCUGGACAGCUUCCCUGCACAUUGUGUCGGUCUGACUGCCACUGAGAUCUGCAUACCUGGCAUGUAAUCGGUGCUGAACUAGGCCUCUACCCUGCCAGUCUAGGAGUCUGAGAGAAUUGGGAAUUGUGCAUGUCGGAGACUGUUGCUUCCCUCUGGGAUUACAGCAUCCUACUGAGCAUGCUCACAACGCACUGCUGCCAUGGAGCUGCAGGAUAAGAACCAGGAUGAGAUUACAGUGAGGCUUGGGCUGUCUACUGGCCAAGCUCUGAGAGCCCUGCGCGAGCAACUAUCAGCCCUGCUGGAGGAGACCCAGCAGCAGGGCAAGAAAGAAACCACCUGGCAGAGGUUGUGGGGAUGGACUUUUCUUCACCAGGACAACCGCUACUCCAGCUUCCAUUGGCCCGGGGCAGCCCUGACACUGCUGGCAGUCAUUGCACUGCUCUGUUGCUAUGGAAGUCAGCCGCAGGGAAGCCAGGGGAUCGAGAUUGUGAAUGCGGGGGCCCUGUUCCUGCUGCUCCUCCUAAACCUCUUUCUAAUUGGACGGCAAGAGAGGCUGAAGAACAGCGAGGUUGUCCGCCGGCUGCAGGCGAUUAUCGACAAGUUGAACAACACGCUGUCCAAUGCAGACACAGUGAAGUGGGCUCCCUCUCUGUUCCCAGACCUGUACAUGCCCUCAGCCCCGUCCUGGUCCCUGCACUGGGUCUACAGAGACGGGCAGCUCGUCAACAUGCCUGUGAGCCUGCUGGUGGAGGGGGACGUGAUCGCUCUGCGGCCUGGACAGGAGUCCUUCGCAUCGCUCCGUGGGAUCAAGGAUGAUGAACACAUAGUCCUGGAGCCCGGAGACAUGUUCCCACCCUUCUCACCACCACCCUCCCCUCGAGGAAAACAGAAAAAGGGGCCCCAGAACCCCCAGCAGUUCCGCCUCUUCAGAGUGGUGCGGACCCCCGUCAUUGACCAUGUCAGGCACAGUCUGGACUUUGCCCUGUCCCGCCCUGUGACAGCACUGGAUAACGAGAGGUUCACAGUCCAGUCCGUGAUGGCCAAAUUCGCAUGUCCUGUAGUGCUGUCUGCCUUCCUCAUUACAAACACAGUGCGCUUCUUUGUCAACGCCCCUGGAGUCACGCCUUGGCAGUUCAGUUUCAUACAGCUUCAGGUGAAUGGUGUUCUUCCCAUUCUGCCUCUUGUGUUCCCGGUGAUGUGGGUCCUGGUCACAGCGUACGGAGAGGCCCGAGUACUGGCAGAGUCCAGCAAGGCUUCUCCCACUGGCCUGCUGGCUAAGUUCUCAGAGGAUACUCUAAGCAGCUUCACGGAGGUGGUGUCUUCACAGGAGAUGCUGCGUUGCAUCUGGACACACUUCCUGUGUGUCCUGCAGGGGAAGUCCAUGACUCUGUGCUACACGUCGAGUCUGCUGCACAGCCUGGGCUCGGUCACAGUGCUGUGCUGUGUGGAUAAGCAGGGGAUCUUAUCGUGGCCCAACCCCAGUCCUGAGACGGUGCUCUUCUUCAGCGGGAAGGUGGAGUCUCCCCAUGACAGCCAGGAGGACCUGAAAGACGACCUCUCCAUGGGGUCCUUCUGCAGGACGGAGGGGGAGGAGGACCGAGAUGAGGCACAGGAGGUGGAUGCCCUGUUGUGUGCCGCCCCCCCUGCCCUGGACUCUCUGUGCAUGGAGAACGAGCAGCAGCACAGUGAGACCUCCCUUGACACGCCACGCUCCUCCGACACCCAGAGACAGAGCCGGCAGACAGACAGCCGUCGAACCAAACACCCCUCAGGGUCCAAUGUGAGCUUCAGCCGGGACACUGAGGGCGGGGAGGACCCCUCACAGCUAUGCGGGGACAGCCUGGGCUGCGAGGCAGAGGAUUAUGUGUGUGAUUACCACCUGGAGAUGCUGAGCCUCUCCCAGGACCAGCAGAACCCUGUCAGCAUCCAGUUCGACGAGUCCAACUGGCAGUACCACCUGACCUCGCUGAAGCCGCUGGGGCUGAAUAUCCUGCUGAACCUGUGCAACGCCAGCGUGACCGAGCAGCUGUGCCGCUUCUCUGACCACCUGUCCAACAUCGCGCUGCAGGAGACACACUGCUCUGUCCUGCCUGUCCACAUCCCCUGGGGCCUCUGUGAGCUCGCCCGCCUCAUAGGAUUCACCCCGGGAGCGAAGGAGCUGUUCAAACAGGAGAACCACCUGACCUUGUACCAGCUUCCCUCUGCUGAGCUGGCCAAGGAGAUUGUGCCCCGGAGACUGCUCCCUGUCAACAAGAGGCAGCCACCGCUGAGCCACCUCAUCAGCCUCUUCGUCAGAGACACCACAAGCAAUAACGUGCAGAUGCUGUCUCACGGCACCGCAGACCUGAUCCUGGAGGCCUGCACUGACUUCUGGGACGGAGCAGAUAUCUACCCGCUCUCCGGCUCUGACAGGAAGAAGGUUCUGGAUUUCUACCAUCGGGCCUGUCUCUCUGGCUACUGCUCUGCGUUUGCCUACAAGCCCAUGCAGUGCACGCUGUCCCCGCUGCUCAAUGGAAAGUGCGUGGAACUGGCCCAGGUGCCUGGACAGAAUGCCAUCUUCACCUCCUUCGAGCUGCCCGGGACCACGCCCAUCAAGCACAGCAGCCGCCGCAACAGCUGGAGCUCUGACGAGGGGAUCGGAGAGGUAAUGGAGAAGGAAGACUGUGUGCAGGCGCUCAGUGGGCAGAUCUUCAUGGGUAUGGUGUCCUCGCAGUACCAGGCGCGUCUCGACAUCGUGCGGCUAAUCGAUGCGCUCAUCACCGCCUGCAUCCGCUUCGUCUACUUCUCCAUGGAGGAUGAGCUCAGGAGCAAGGUGUUUGCAGAGAAGAUGGGGCUGGAGACUGGCUGGAACUGCCACAUCUCCCUCACACCCAACAGUGAUGGCUCGGAUAUCCUCCCGCCCAGCCCCAGCCAGGCAGGCUCUCUGCAAGAACACCUGCUGCAAGAGUCCCGGUACGAGGAGGUGGGCCCCCUGUUACUGGAGGAGGAGGGACUCUCGGAGCUCAUCAGCUUCCAGCCCACAGACAGCGAUGUGCCCAGCUUCCUGGAGGACUGCAACCGGGCCAAACUUCCUCGUGGAAUCCACCAGGUGCGCCCCCACCUCAACAACAUUGACAACGUGCCUCUGCUGGUCCCGUUGUUCACAGACUGCACGCCUGAGACCAUGUGUGAGAUGAUCAAGAUAAUGCAGGAAAACCGGGAGGUGACCUGCUGCCUGGGGAGCUCGGCCAACUUCAGGAACAACUGCCUCUUCCUGCAGAGCGACGUCAGCAUUGCUCUGGACCCCCUGUACCCGUCACGCUGCUCCUGGGAGACUUUUGGCUAUGCUGCCAGUGCCAACCUGGCUCUGGAUUCGGAGGAGCUCACUCCCCUGCAGCUCUCCAGCCUCCUCAACGGCCUGUCCUGCUCCGUCUCCUUCCACCAGGAGGAGACCAUCAGCAUGGUCAAGCUCAUCGAGCAGGCUCGGCACACCACCUACGGGAUCAGAAAGUGCUUCCUGUUCCUGCUGCAGUGCCAGCUCACCCUUGUGAUAAUCCAGUUUUUAGCUUGCCUUGUCCAACUCCCUCCUCCAAUCAACAUCACAGACAUCCUCUGGCUCUCCUGCAUCUGCUACCCGUUACUCAGUGUGUCGUUGCUGGGGAAGCCUCCAGACAGCUCUGUGAUGACGGUGGCUACGGGGAAAAAUCUUGAUGCCAUUCCGAGAAAGACGCAGCAGUAUUUCCUGGUGUGUUUUCUGGUGAAGUUCAGCAUCACGGUCAGUGCCUACCUCAUCUGCUUCGGCUUCACUCUGCAGGAAUUCUGCCAGAAAUCCAGCAACAUCACGGGCUGCUCCUCCAUCAUGGCAAAUAGUUCCUCUGUGGAGGCCCCCAGCUGGUUUGGGGACCUGUCCAGUGGUCUGCUGCUCAUACAGAAGGUGAUGGCAGGUUUCCUGGCGCUGCACACAGUGGUUAUCUCACUCAGUCACGUCCAUCGAUCCAAACCUGUCUGGAGGAAGAGUCCCUUCAGUAACACCUGGUGGUGCCUCACUGUGCCUGUGGUAUUGCUGGGCCAGGUGAUUCAGGCAGCAGUGGAUUUUCACCUGUGGGAUAACGUGCAGUCCCCGUUGACCUUUGCCCUGCAUGACAUCCCCCUGCUGUCCUGGCUCCUGGUGUCGCUCUCUCUGAUCCUGGUGGUGGUGGUCAACGAGCUGGUCAAGCUGCACGAGAUCAGGGUGCGAGUUCGCUAUCAGAAAAGACAGAAGUUGCAGUUCGAGACAAAGCUAGGAAUGAACUCUCCUUUCUGAGGACCUCGAGAUGGAAGCACCCUGAUCUGGGAGGAGAGCCAGGCACACAGCUCCAUUAUGGGGAGGGCCAGCAGCAGGAUUCCUCACAACCACUAGGCCCAACCAGCCACACUGAGCCAGGCAACCUUUCCAUCACUCUGUUAAGACUGGAGGCUCUACAAAGCAGCCCCAGCAGACUGCCUUUGAUGUCUCUGCUGUGCUGUGAAGUACAUUUAUAGAGGGUUCAAUCAAAUCUACUGUCAAACAGGUCAAUGUGCCAGCUUUUCUUACAUUAUUUUAAAACAAGUCUAGUACUGAGCGCCUGAGUAACAAAAGUUCUGAAGAGGUUCUGUUUUUUUUUUUUUUUUUUUUGUAAUUUAUUCAGUGAAAUGAUAAUUAAGAAAAGAAAAGCCAUCCACCCAAAGCGUUCUGACCAAACAUUUUAAGAAUGAAGUAGUUGGAAAUAAAAAUAACUAAAUACAGGAAUGUUUUGGGGACAAGGCACAUCUUAUGAAUCAUGACCGAGAAAUAAUAGGAAUGGUUUGAGCUGAAAAUAAUACAAAACAAAGGUGACAGCUGUGAAGAAAACUAGUCGAAAUAAUGUAUGUUUAUUUUAUUUGUAUUUUUUUUUUUUACUGUGGAAAGAUUUAAAGAGAAAUGUUAAACUACAUUUCCUUCAGAUUUUUUCACCUAAUUUAUAUUUUUUAAAUGUAUAAACUAAUCAUUGCACGAUUUAGUUUUUCUUGUAAAUUAUCAGAAAAGUUCAGAUUAAUAUGCACUGUAUUUCAAGUCAGUUUUGACCGUGGCAUGUAUUGGUCAAACUAAUGCUCCUGUUCUUGUUGUAGACCUGAUCCAUCAAUUUGGAUCCGAUUUAUUGAUCUAAUUUGCAGCGCAAUAUGACUAACAUAUAUAUCUAGAUAUAUAUCUCUCCUCUGCCACAGCUGUGCACUUUAAAUGCUAUUAAAAUUGGUCUAAAACCUUCACCCACAGUAUGCACAUGUGUAUAUAGCUGUGGCUUGCAGUAUAUAUGUACUAAGAUUCUGAAGCUCUCUAUUUAAUUGUGCAAACAGAUGACCUUACUAAAUCUCAUCACAAUGGCACAAACAUUGAUUUCAGUAAAAAGGUGUAUAUAGAGAGUAUGGAACACUCUCUAUAUACACCUGUAUGAUACAGGCUGAUAUCCACGCCACAAGAAGUCAGAUGACCAGGCUUACUGGCUGCUGAUCUUGAGUGAGUGAAAAUCAGUUUUAUAUUAUAUAGUUAAAUAAGAAUUAAACAGUAUAGUUAAUCUUCACCUCAUGCGUGUCAGCUCUCCAUCUUAGUUCUUCAGCUUCGCUUUGAAACCUUGUAAAUCAAACUGUAAAACUCGGGGGUAUAGUCAAGAGCGGUCCCAGUAUCUACUGGUGGAAUAUUACUACCUCCACGUGUUUAAUGCACAUGACAUACCUGAGGAGGAUUUGCCAUCUGUAGUUUAAACGUUGUGUGUUUUGCACAGUCGACAUGUCAUUUAAAGCCAUGUUGCAAGUCUAUCAUACCAUUGUAAAGCUAUCUAUAGGGCAUUCCGUCGGUUUCUUGAAGUUUUACAGAUGAGAUAGGUGUUGGUUAAAAUGUUUCAUUCACAGAAACAAAGUAUCGUUUUUACAGGACCCCACGUGUUUUAGGAGCAUUUACAAUAAUGGAACAUACUUGGUGUUCCAAAGUGUUUCCAAAGCAAUGGCUAGUUUGUGUAAAGAAAACCACACACACUGACCAGCCCAGCAUUUUCAACUCAACAGGCAGAUGAAAUCAGUGUCACAGCACUAGCUACUUUUCCUGGCCGCAAAUAGAAGAGGCUCAUUUUUUUUUAAAUAUGCAUAGCUUUUUGACAGCAUAAACAGAAACAUGCUGGUUUUGCAUGGGUAACACACAAAAAUAAUCAAUCUGUGAGUAAAGACAUAAUCCACUAAGGACUUUGUUUAUUGGGGUCUAUUUUACUGGUUUGAAUACUCCUGCUCCCUGACUCUUACUCUGUUUUAUUUAUUACAUUUUUUCACCAGGGUGAUUCUAUUUAACCCCUUACAAAUGCUGUUCAAUACAAUACAGAGUGAUUCAUAAUUCGUGCAGCAGUGUUGUUUUAUGUUGUUUUCAGUCUCUGUCACAGACAGUUUUCCUUUGCAGAUCAUCCUCCACGUCCCGUCCAGGUUCCGCGAUGCUCUGUCAAUGUUGUCCGAAAUCUGAAUCACCCUGUAUGAUACCGUGGAAAGAGGCAAGAGUCAGGUUAGGAGUUUGAAGGUGUUUAGCUCAUUAAAACAGGCCCAGUUGUUUUAAAAUGUAUUUCCAAAUGAGAGGGGGAGGGGGAGGGGGAGGGGGAGGGGGAGGGGGGGAAGAAAUGUCAGGGCAAUUAAGAAACAAGGAUAAUAUGCAGUACUGUCCUCAUGAUGGAAUCACUUCUCAGCACUUGUAGCCCUUGUGAUAGCUACUGGAUAACUAUCAUAUUUGUUCGAUUGCUACAAGCUGCCUGAAAAGAUCAGACCGGGACAGAACAGUCAAUGCAAUACAGGGGAAUGAGAUCCAUUUCAGCAGAUCCGUGGCUGUUUAGGUUAUUGAAAUAGACCCCCUUGUUCAGAAGUUGUGAGAGGGUCAGUCUUUGGCUCUUGCUGGUUUAGGAUGACACAAGGUAAAUGAAACAAGUUCCUUGGCAUGUGGGGCUGUUUUAAGCACUGUACUGGAGAUGACUGUCUGUGAAAGAACCUGCUGAGCUGAAGGACAGAGCACUUACCUUUAUUAUUUUGAGCUGUUUCUUUCUAGUUUACUUUCAGAACAAAAUGGGAGUUACAGAAUAUUAGAGCAGGGUUUAACCAGAGGCCUCUGUUACAGGGAAAGUAAAGUUAAAUAAGCAAGCACAGGAUUGGGUUGACUGUGAUUGUCUGCCCAGAAUAGCACAAAAUGUAUCAUGUUGUGAGCUUGAGAGUGUGCAAAAAGUGCUAUUUAUUUAGAAGAUAUAUUAAGCUUGUUUAAAUCUGAGCACCUACAGUCUACGUGCAAUGGUGUUCUUCAGUGUGGCUGUAAACACUGCCUUAUCUGCACGAGAAAGCAGAAUCGUUUUGAUAUGAAUUUAGGAACAGAUACCUAGGCAACCCCAUAAAGAAACUCAACUUUUAAUAAAAAAAAUGUUUCAAACAAAAGAUGAAAGUAUUAGGAAGUAAUACUCUUGCUACUCCAAACCAGUUGGGACCUGACUCUGGUCUGAGCAGUGAUUUUUUUUUUUGGAGUUCUGAUCAUAAUCUGUACCAUACUGGCAAUUCCUUGUCUUGUCUUUGUUUCUGGUUCACUCACACACAAAAUACAGUUGUACAUUUUUUUAAGUUUAAUAUACUCCCUAAAAAUGUAAUAAAUAAUAAAGUAAAUAUUUGGCUUUGAUUUGUAGUGAUGUUUAAAUUCGCCCACACAAUCCGCAUGCAUUUCAUUGUGAUAGCGUGGGUCAGUAAACCCCAACACAGAAGUGAGGAUCCUUAAAUCAACAGUCAUCAAUGUUCAGUCUCUUCGGUGACAGCUGUUCAAUGCCCCCAAACCCUAACCCUAACCCUAACCCUAACCCCCCUGUGCAUGCUCAACAAAACUAGUGCAUCAAAUUGCCAGAUGCACAUUGCAGUUUUAUGCAGAAAACUACUUGCAAGAAUGACUUUAUUAAAUAUGACAGUUUUAUAAAUGGUGUAUAUUUUAUAAAAUGUUUAGAUGUAUGUAAAAUGAUCUUUCUGAUUUUUAAGAUGAAUUGUCUCAAAUAAUGUAAGGAUAAUAAAUAUUAUCUUUCUAAAGUG